CUGAGUGCACUCUGGCCGCACCCUUAUGCCUGUAUGUUCGGGCGGAUAUUUUUAGAGUUUAGAAGCGUUAGGGCGGAUAUUGAUUUUGCCAACUUUACAGGACAGAAUAAAAUAAAAAAUCAAUUUUAUCGGCAAAUAUUUCAAUAAGUACAAACAAUUUUUACUUGACAUUGGCUGAACGCAUAAACCGUGCAUGCCAUAAAAAAAGUACAAACAAUACGUGAAUGUUUUCUUUGCAUUUACUUAGCUAAUUAAGUAGCUUAACUAGCUUUAUAAUUAAUUUAAAAACAAUGUUUCUAACACGGACCUGAAAAAAAGACGGACGUAGAUAACCUCGUCUUAGCGCGAGUGAAGCAUGCAAAUGGCCGCCCGCAUACCGCGUGUGUGUGAUUUGAGGGUUGUCGGCUAAAUCACUUUUCAGAGCAGUCCUUCAGACAGUAUGUAUUCGGAAUGGAGCUCCUUACCACUGGAGGGUGGAGGGAGGGGUGUUCUUGGUGCAGUUGGUGGUCGGGAUGUAGUACUAGCUGUUGUGAGGCAGCUUGCCUCACAUGAGCCUAGUCCACUCACCACUGAUGCUGAGGUGGAAUGGGUACUGGAAGUGGUUCGGUUCGGCCUGUCGUUGCCGCUGACGGAGCACGAAGCAGUGCGUGCUUGCGUGCGCGUCUGUUGCUCGUGGUUGGGUGCUUUGCUUCCACCGGCGCCGGCAGCUCAACCACCUCCUCCCGCGCUGCCUGCGCCAGUGCGUGCACGACCGCACGCAUACGCGAGAACUAUCCUACAUCACUUGCAGAACCUUUUUGUGCCGCGCUCCGACGAAAGUGGGGACUUAAUAAGCAAGCAAGCUGUACUCUGUCAUCGGGUCCUUCGUCUAGCACGUGAUUUAGCUGGCAAUGCUGAGCUCGGCGCUAGCGAAUGGCGAGCCCUCCUCUUACUGCUGCUGGCGGCGGCGGCCGCACUACUUUCGCCUCCUGCGCCUCACCACUCCGCUGCGGAACAACUUUGCGAACGAGUUCUGUGUGUCUUAUUCGAAGUAUGGAUACUGGCAUGUCACAGAUGCUUCCCUUCGCCACCUCUCUGGCGUACGUUACGCGAACAAUGCGUGAGAUGGCGCCACAGAGCCCCGUUAACAGAACAAUGGGCGCGCGCGUCGUUAUGUCUUACGGCGCGACUUCUGCAGCAUAUGUACGGCCCGCAGUUCCCCGCUAUGGCCAUCAGCGAAGAGGACAGAAACUUGGUGCCCGAGGAUAUGAGCGCGGAAGCGGUGAUGCAGAGUUGGUAUCGUAUGUUGCAUACCAUCGGUAACCCCGUCGACUUAUGUCGUCCACAUCUCAUCAGUCAAACGCCUGACUUCCUUCAAUACUCGUACAGUGCGGAAGAAGGGCGGGACCCCAGCCAGCACCCGUGCCUGACGGCCCUGCCUGGUAUCUUUCACAAAGCUAUGCGGGGCAUCGCAGCCCACGUUGAUGCUUUCUUAGGGUUGGGGGCGGACCGGUGGUGGGCCACGGAGGGGGGCGGGGCGGGGUCUAUCUCGGGGGCGGGCGCGGGGUCUCUAGGCGCUGACGGGGAGGAGCCGGGCACACCGCCCGCUCACCGCCGCCUCGCCAAGUCGUUCAGCGUAUCCUCGUCGAGGCCACGCGAUCCAAAACCUGAACGCGGCACACCCCGUACCUCUCUGAUCGGGUUGACGAGUAGCAGACCCCCUAGCGUUAUACCAACUACACCGCCCAAUUCUAUAUCAUCACAAGUUUGCGAGGCUGAGAAACCUCCGCUUACUCCUCUACGACCGAAGGUUAAUUCAAUAUUCCACUUGUUCGGCGAAUGGCUAUUCGAAGCCGCCCUCAUCGGCACUACACCCUACACUAACAAUCAACAGCGUGCUGAUGGUACCCCGCCUCCAUCAUUGAUGUCCGAUGCUGCUUUUAAGCUUAACAUGAUUAGCUAUCAACCUGGUCGUGCGGAAGCGCUCGGCACUCUAUGCCGCGUGCUUUGCUCGAAACAGUGUCGGGAAGAAGUGGUGGCCCCGUACUUGGCAAGAUGUUACGCCGCCAUACACCGCGGGCUGAAGGAACCUGCGACCGCGGCCGCCGUAGUGUUGCACGCCACCGAUCUAUUCAGAUUGGAUUUAGAUGGCGUUUUGGUCCUGGUUCCGGAUUUAAUUUCGGCCUUGGAACGCAUUCUACCAGAACGGGAGCCGAAGCUCGAAUGCGCGAAUAUAGACAAACGCGAGCUUCGCAAGGCGGCCAUCAGCUCACUGUUGUCUAUGGUCGCCUUCCCUUAUCACUACCGAGGACUGCCCGUACCAGAGUUUCCUGGGUGCAAUGAAUACGCGGGCCAGACGCUAGGCGAUCUGACGCGAGGCCGUUUGUCCCUGAUGUGCGUGGCGGCGGUACAAGUGGAGUGGUCGGAUUCACUCGCGGUGCCGUUACUCAGCGCACUUUACUUGUGCGUGCGUCACAGCGCUCAGCCGCGCGACGCUAACGCCCCGCCCGGAUCUACGCUUUCACACAGCACGGACUAUAAAGCGCGGUCGGAGAGCGGCAGCACCACCGGCAGCGCCGACGGGCAUUCGCUAGACGACUUCGUGGCCGAUGUUAGAGAGCUUGACCCAUCCUCGCCAGUUUUCGGUGCGGCAUUAGUAGUUCGCGCGACGUAUUUAGUGUGCCAUCGUCUGAUCUCCUCGUGGAAGGGCGACCUGCAAGUGUCGUUAGCUGCGCUGGAAUUGCUAUCCGGUCUCGCUAAGCUGCAUUCAUCCAAGCCAGAAGCGAUUGAGCGGAAACGGGCUGUGCGUUGGAUCUGCGACUACAUAGUGGUGCAAUGCAGUCGUCCGCCUCAGGCGCAUUCGCGGGACCUGCAUUCUUGCGUGGUAGCGGCGUAUUCGUGCUUAUCCGCGUGGCUGUGCCCCGCGUUAUUGGCUGAUGCAGAGUGGCUCGCCACCCUUUUGGAAGUAGUGGAGCUUGGCAUCUCUGGAACUAAAAGCCAAGGCAAACCUGGUGAACCACCAAAGAUGAAGGACGAAAAGGAACUAAAACCUGUAUCCAUGCGAGUCCGUGACGCUGCGGAGUCGUUGCUGAUGCUGAUCUUAGACCAGGUGGGGGUAGGUGGUUCAGCAAGUGGCGGUCGUUGGUGCAGACUGGACGAGCGGUGGUUGCGUGCGUUGGGUCACUCGCGUUUGAGGCACUUCGUCGCUGACGGCUCCGUACUGCUAUCGCUGCUCGAGGAACCGCUCGCCAAUAGUCAAGAACCGCAGCCAACGCUUGUAGUGAUAAUACGGUGCGGCUGGGGCCGGUUCGCGUGGUCGCUGAGUAGCCGGGGCGCGGCGCGCAGUGCGGGUCGCGGAGCGGGCGGAGCGUGCGCGCGGCCCGUCGACAUGUUCCCCGCGCCGCGCCCAGCGCAGCCCGCCUGCCGCCCGCCCUACGCCGCGCCGCCCUGCGCUACUGACACGGCGUUCCCAAGCUUAGAGUCGGUACUUCGUCAACUGAAUGACCCCGAGGCGCCGACGCUUUUCAAACUUCUUGAGCAACAAGCGGUCAUCGAGAAACGGGCCACAGAAAGUGAAGAAAAUGUAGUACCGGAAGAAUAUGUGCCUCCAGAACCGGUGACUGAAUUCCAAACCGCUAGAUUAUUCUUGUCGCACUUCGGCUAUCUGAACAUAGGAGGUGAUAAAAAGGGCGGUCCUCCUCGUCUCGUGGCACUGAACGACUCUCUGGCCGGCUUCGAAGUGGGCUUGAGGCGGAUAGACGCGUGCGGUUGGCGCGCCCCGCUCACGGUGCAUGUGUUCUGCGCGCGCUCCGGCCAAUCCGCCGCCGCUGACAUACUAGCCAACGCGCGCAGUUCCGCUCGCGUGCCACCCGGCUUUAUACGAAUGCUUCGCGGGUUAGGUACUCCGGUACGAGUGAGGGGCCAUGGGGGUUGGGCGGGGCGAACAUGUACCAGUUACGAUGCCCGCCCUCCGGCACAAGACCCGCCCACUACUGUGGGGGAAGCAGCUCCUGCUUUAUACGACGGACGCGAGCAGGUACUCUACUGGGCAGAUUCGACCAACGAAAUCGCAUUCAUCGUACCUUCGGGAUGCGAACUCGACGACGACAAUAAGUGCGAUCUCGAUGGUUCAUGCCAUUCCAGGAAUUCAGAGAAAGCGACGGGAUCUUCUUGGGACGUAUCGGGCGCAGUGUCGUAUGAACGGUCCGUUUCAGAAUCUGACAAAGGUACCACUAAUGACAAGCCACGUCUGGAACUAGAUUUGGACCGACCUCCUGUUGGUCUGCCAGGUAGCGGAAGGCGUAACAGAGAUUUCACAACAAAAAUUCUCAUAAUUUGGUUAGAAGAUUACGAGGAUCAUCUCAAUUUGCCCAUCGACGACCUAUUGAAGUACUGUGAGACGGGUGUGCCGUGGCGGCGGCACGAGGUGUGCGCGAUAUGCGUGAGCCCGCGGCGCUCGGGGUUGUUGCGCGUGCGCACGUGCGCGGCCGGGCCCGCCGGCGUCGCCGCGCCCGCUACCGGUGCGCUCGCCGACGGCGCGCAACUCGCGCCCCGCCUGCUGCCCGACUGCCUGAGGCGGGCCGCGCUCGACCGCGCGCGCCGAACCCGCCAUAACACUGACCUAUAUCAACCGCCGCACGUGAGAAGACGCCACCUGAUACAAGAAUUGGCACAGCAAUAUAAAAAAGAUCUGACUGAACCGGAGCUUCUUGAGUCUCUUUUCCGAUCGCCUUAAUUAAACCGUUCGUGUGGAUGCACUGCUACCUAACAAAUUGAUCGAAUUAAAGAGAAGUUUUUUUACGCGCAUGGACCCCACGCCUGUAUACAUUAUGAAACCCUCGAAAUUUAUAUUUAUAACUGGUUUCUAUUUCCAUAAAUUUAUUCAUGUGACUAUUUAAUAUCAGAUAAGCAUUUUUAUUGUAACAAAUAUUUUAUUACGAAUAAUGUGUAAUAUUUAUAAUCCAAAGUAUUAUUAUAUUCACUUAAGAAUGAAUUGUUUAACUUAAUUUUAAGACUGAUUUUAGUUAAUUUUAUUUAUAUAAUAAUAACAUUCCCGAAUAUAAAGCUUAAGAAUGUUUAAAAUAUUUAUGUAAUUAUACUGUUGUGUAAAUUAAGUACUUAAUUAUUAAAAUGUUAUUUAUU